AUGCCCAAGGCGCCACCGCCACUAAUCUACUAUCUCUCGGAGCACCCCUCCAUCGUGGGGUUCCGGUGGAGCCAUGCCCAAUCAUGGGGCGCCACGUGGUCCUUCCUCUUCUAUUCCAUCGCCACCUACCUCAUCCUCUCGCUCUUGCUCCACCUCUCGCUUGUUCUUUUCCGCCGCCACCGUCCCAUCCCCAUCGGCCCCCUUGCGGCACUUCACAGCCUCUCCAUGUCCCUCACCUCCGUCACCAUCUUCGCCGGAAUCUUAAUAUCUACCGCCGCCGAGAUCCGUGACACCCGGUGGUUCUGGCAGCGGUCCAAAACCCCACUGGAGUGGCUCCUCUGCUUUCCUCUGGGAACCCGCCCCUCAUGGAUGUCAUGA